AAGUGGCAUCCAAGUAACUCAGGGAGAAAUCGAGAGUAAACAUUUCAUAGAUUCAUAAGAAUAAUUUUCUGUUCCCGAACAUGAAGCAAAAGAUAGUCGUGAAGGUGCAGCUGAACUGCGAGAAAUGCAGAACCAAGGCCUUGAAGAUUGCUGCAGUUGCCAAAGGUGUGAGCACAGUGUCCAUAGAAGUAGAGAAAGAGCAUGUGGUGGUGAUCGGAGACGGAGUUGAUGCCGUUGACUUGGCUAAAUCAUUGAAGAAGAAGUUUGGCUUUGCCACCAUAAUAAGUGUUGAAGAAGUGGGAAAACCGGAAGAAGUGGAAAAACCGGAAGAACAGCCAGCUGAGCCAAUUCAGUGGUCAUCAAGCUAUAUUAACUAUCCACAGUAUCCAGCUGUGCAGUACUACUAUGAUGGAUUCUACAGAUGGUAAAUUAAGCAUUUCAAAAUUGAUAUGGCGCAGUAGUUUGAAUCGGCUCCCUGCAACAGACCUCAAGAAUCAUGUUGCAUAUGGUGCAACAGUUUUGCCCGUGUUGUAAUUGGAAUAUAAUCGUCUCUAUGAAAAUAUAAAACAAAUAUUGCACCA